AUGGCCGCGAUGGCCCGAAGAUGGAUCGAACCGUCCAGUUCCCCUACGCCACGAAAAGCCGUUCACCGACAUCGUCGUCCUGGUGUUAUGGAGAGUCUCAAUAUCUUACUCGCCCUACUUAUCUCCGUUAUUGCCCCCGCGUUGGCUACUGUCACGGGGCCGCCUGACCGUUCAAUUGCCAAAGAUGAGACACCUGCUGGAUUUCCGUAUGCCCUUGGCUCGUUCAACGGCCUGCUCAUAGAUCAUGGGGAGGAUGAGAUGGGAGAAACACCGAGAUUGGAUCUUGUCAGUCGGGCUCCUAAAGACGCAACAGUGGAACCCCUUAAGAACAAUAAAUUCGAGGCACACGAAAUUAGCAUGGGCGCGGCUCAGCGAUGGUCUUUUUCGGUGAACUCUGCGGCGAGCAACGGCGCCAACAAUGCGCGCAAUGAUCAGAACAAAAACACGAAAGUCUACAUAUCUGUCACCAUAUGCAGGCAACCCAUUCCUAAAGAGUCGAUUUCUGAUACUGGGCAGGGCCCGGAUCCACUGGUGGUCCAUGUUUCGGAAAAGGACAAUAAACAGCGGAAACCCGAAAGCUUUGCGGAAGGGCAUAUGAGCACGACUCUACAUACCAAGUCCGAUGUGUACAUUGAUAUAGAGGCUCCGAAGCCUUCAGAUUUCAUUGGGUCCUAUUCCUACCAAGUGGCGGUGUCCACAGAUAAUUUCUUCCACAAAUUUAAUGAUCAGGUUGCGCUUCAGUCCGAUACGGGCUCGACAACGGCCCUGCUCUAUUAUGCCGAAGAAAUUGCAAAUAUCGACACGGCCAACUACACUGUGUUCACCAUCAACGCGGAUAAAGCGGACUUAUCUGGUCUGUCACAAUCCUACUGCGCCCUUGAGCGGGCUGGCAAGAUAGCCAAUGUCGAAACAAGCUCCACCAAACCUAGGGAGCAAUUCUCCAUCACUGGCCUAAAUCGUAGCUCAAAUUACAUGGGCGUCCUAGCGACGAGUAACACCACUAAUUUUGGAAAUGGGAUUGUUGGCGGAGGCGGGACGGUCUGGAAGGCCGAACCGUUCAAGACAAAAGCGAAUGGCAAUUGCGAAAUUAUUCACAAAUUAGGCUUUUGCUCCGACACUGCCCAAGCAGUCCCUUACAACCCAUCGAUGAGCUUAUCGGAAGCCGGGAAAAAAUAUGACGACAACGCAGAAAAGUUGUAUAGAAACUUCGCAUACUCCCUUCAACAAAUUCAGUGCAACACCACCAGUGAAACCAAUUUUUCCAUGGCUGUCAACUGCUCAGGUUGCGCAGAUGCCUAUAAAGCAUGGCUCUGCGCCGUGACUAUCCCCGAGUGUGACGAUUACAACGCUUCGAACUACGAACCAAACAACGGCUCCUUGAUCCGCAACAUCAAACAACCGUUCCCCAAUGGCACACACAUCACCGAGGCGUUCAACACAUCUAUUAUAAAAGGCCCUCGGAAUGGUUUCAUUGAUGAGACUAUCAAACCAGGUCCCUACAGUGAGAAACUUCCAAACCUGAAGUUCUGCCAUGACCUAGUGCGGCAAUGCCCCAUGGCCUUGGGGUUUUCAUGUCCAGAUGGAAAUAGGGCAAAAUAUUCGUAUAAUGUCAGCACCGGGUUGAGUCUUCAGGUACCAUAUCCUUUGUGGUCUACUAUGAUGGCGUCUUCGAUUGUUGGAACCGUGCUGUGGCCUUUCUAG